GCGCGCGCGCCGGGCAACGUGGGAGCGGCGCGGCAUCGUUGCCCCGCCCUCCCUCGGCGCGCGCCGGCGUCGGCUGCGUCUCCGGGCAUUUGAAUUGCGCUUCCGCCAUCUUUCCAGCCCUCAGUCCGACGGGCGCGGAGACGCUUCUGGAAGUAACAUCACGAUGGCUGCCCAAGGAGAACCUCAAGUUCAGUUCAAACUUGUACUGGUGGGAGAUGGUGGUACUGGGAAAACUACCUUCGUGAAACGCCACCUGACUGGUGAAUUUGAGAAGAAGUAUGUAGCUACCUUGGGUGUUGAGGUCCAUCCCCUUGUGUUCCAUACCAACAGAGGGCCUAUUAAGUUCAACGUGUGGGACACAGCUGGUCAGGAGAAAUUUGGUGGACUGAGAGACGGCUAUUAUAUCCAAGCUCAGUGUGCCAUUAUAAUGUUUGAUGUAACAUCGAGAGUUACUUACAAGAAUGUGCCGAACUGGCAUAGAGACCUGGUGCGAGUGUGUGAAAACAUCCCCAUUGUGUUGUGUGGCAACAAAGUGGAUAUUAAGGACAGAAAAGUUAAGGCAAAAUCAAUUGUCUUUCACCGAAAGAAGAAUCUUCAGUACUAUGACAUUUCUGCCAAAAGUAACUACAACUUUGAAAAGCCCUUCCUCUGGCUUGCUAGAAAACUGAUCGGAGACCCGAACUUGGAGUUCGUCGCCAUGCCUGCUCUGGCCCCACCGGAGGUGGUCAUGGACCCAGCCCUGGCCGCGCAGUAUGAGCACGAUCUAGAGGUUGCGCAGACAACUGCUCUCCCGGAUGAAGAUGACGACCUGUGAGAAAGUGAAGCUGGAGCCCAGCGUCAGAAGUCUAGUUUUAUAGGCAACUGUCCUGUGAUGUCAGUGGUGCAGCGUGUUUGCCACUUUAUUAUAUAGCUAAGCAGAACAUGUGCUUAAUCUUUGGGAUGCUGAAGGAGAUGAAUGGGCUUCGGAGUGAAUGUGGCAGUUAAAAAAAACAACCUUCAUUUUUUUGGACCUGCAUAUUUAGCUGUUUUUGGAACGCAGUUGUUUCCUCCCUGAGUUUCAAAUAUAAGACUGCUACAGUCACAUCACAAUAUUCAGUGGUGAAAUCUCGUUUGUUACUGUCAUUCCCAUUCCUUUUCGUUUAGAAUCAGAAUAAAGUUGUAUUUCAAAUAUCUAACCAAGUGAACUCAUCCCUUGUUUAAAUGAGUGUUUUAAAACCACUAACAGAAAAUUGUGCCAUGUUACUAUUUGAAUUGCCUUUGCUUUUAUCACUUAAUUUGAAAUCUAGUAGGUGAAAUUCUCAUGUCUUAAAAUAUUCUGUACUUUUGAGUCACUACAUCCAAACGAAAUGACAGGUCAGCAGUGUUGUAUUUGGUAAGUUGUUAAAAGAGGUGUAAAUAUUGUCAAUGCAGUUGGGCUAAAAUAAUACCUACGCCACCUGCCUUUUGGCUUCAAUAGUGUCACCUAGGGAAGAGCUUGUUUGAAAUUUAUGUGACCUGUCAGAAUAAAAGUGGUACAUGUUUUAGACAUUUCAAAUAGGUAUCUUGAGAAUUACAGUUGCUUUUAUUGUAGAAGUAAUCCAUAUUCUAGCAAAACUUUUUUGAGUCUGAUGAAACCGUACAAAUGGUGGCAGGGACUUGAGGGAUGUCUCAUUGUUAAAAAUGAAUAUAAACUUUUGUGCAUUUGCUUUUUGUUUAAUGUUACAUGUUUAAUGUAAAGUUGGUAUUCUAGGAAGAUGUUGGUGUUCACCUGCUGUUUCAAGUAUUCCAAGCUUUAAAGAUGUCAAAGAUGGAGUCAAUUGGAUGCACCACAGCUGAUGAUCUUGCACCCCUCAAAGGAUGUUUGUGGGCGGUGGAGGGCACAGUCACAAUGCUGCCACAGAGAAGUAGCGCUUAGAAUGGCUUCUCGGUAACAUGAAGCUGCCAAACUUGCCCUUUUGUUAGAUUAAUCAUUAUCUCUGUGGUUUCCACGUGUCAGCAUGAAUCGAGGCUGUCUUGCCUGAAUUUGGUCCGACUGACACCACACUGUAGCCAUUAGAAAUCUUAAAAAUUAGAGCUAUUUUUUCUCAUUUAAGUAGUUGACCAAAGUUCUUUAGGUGUCCAAUUAACCUUAAAUUACUUUCCUACCUGAGAAGAAGGUAGGGAAGGCCCAUUUUGAAAUACAUGGAAAAAUGAAAUAUGGGUAAAAUUGGGUACAUUUUAAUUUGUUAACGUACUAAAUAUAUCAAUGGAUUCACUUAGAGUUGAAUUACUAUAUGUUAUGUGUAGCUCAGAACCAGAUUUUAACAGAUGCAAAGUUUGUUCACAUGAUCAGGAUGAAACUUUUCAUUCAGAUAUUUAAUACGAGGGACAUGUGUUUGUAACCUUAAUGUAGAGUGUGAGUAUGACAUACUGAGUCUUACGUGUAAAAAAUUUUGGAGGCUGCUUCACUUACAUGUUUAACAGGUGGGAGAAUUGACAAGUCAUUGGUUGGAAGGAAAAAAUGCUGCAAAAUAUAUUGCUUCUACUUUGCUUGGA